GGUCAAAACAAUUUCUCCACAUGCAAACGAGAAUGGACAAAAAUUGGUUGCUACCAAGAUAGACAACCUUCCCGACUACUCCCUGAGAUGCUGUUGAACGACACGGAUAGGUACAGUAAAUACCAUGAGCAGGGUUAUCUUCUGAACUGGCACAAGUGGAAAGAAUCGAUUCACAGGUAGGGUAAAUUUUAUCAAACACAUACAAAAGUAAUGUUACUUUACAUUGUAUAACACAAGAAAUCAAUAACUCUAUAAAUGAAGGAAAGCUAGAUACCAUGUGAUUAGAAUAGAUCCAAGCUUCGCGUCAUCAAGUUUAGGUCAUAACUACAGCCUUAACAUGCAUAUACACAUAUGUAUAUUUCUAUUUCUAUUUAUCUAUCUUAAUAUUCUGUCCACCUAUCCAUCCUAUCAAGCCACAGAUUCGCCAUUUUCAUCAAAAUCGCCACUCGCUAAGGCCGGAGCCCUUUUGCCAUCUAAUUUGAAUAUUCGCCAAACCCAUGGCAAACCCAUGGCAAAUCUUCCGCCAGAUUCGCUGAUUUUGUCACAUUCGCCAUUUUCGCCAAAAUUGUCACUUUACAAGAGAGCCUCUUGAUAUCUCAUUUGAACUCGCAAAUGUACGCUAAAUUUCCCAUUUUCGUCACAUUUUCAUUUUUGUCAAAUUUGACAUUUUCGUCAAAUGCGCCAGUAUACAAGGGACGGCUCUUAACAUCUCCCCUUGAAUUUUCUCCAAACCUCCGGCAAAUUUUUGCCAUUUUCGCCGUUGAAUGCUUUUCUGGACAUAAGUGUCUAAGUUGACGUUGGAAAUUUCAUUCUAAAUACAUUAUUAAACAAGUUUGAUUUACUCCCUUUAGCCUUGCCUGUCGCUGUGCCGAAAGAGCCCUGCAAAAAGGUUAUAAUUACUUUGGUCUGCAGUUUUACGGCGAGUGUUGGAGUGGACCGUUCGCCGAGUUCAAUUACAGUCGCGCCGGCGUGUCAGACAGAUGUAUCAUGAAUCUUAAAAAACCAACCGCCUGCGUACAAGCUCAAGAUCAGGAAUGUGUCGGGCAGCAGCUUACUAACUACAUCUAUAAGCUAACAUCAAGUAAGAACCAUCAGUUAGUGUCGGAUCAAAAUGUUUGAUAGCCCAUAGCCUGGAGAUACAGCAAGGGAUGUUCCUCACCCGGAACAGGGAACUUAAACAAGGGUUAAGUUCCCUAAUGUCCCUAGUGGCGAGGAGCGAGGUGACACUGCUAUAUUCGCAGGCUGUGUAUCCCAGGGUUAGCGCUUUCACAUUCGCCGUAUCUGGCCGCGGACCGCUCGCGCAUAAUAAGUGUCACCAUAUUAAUUGCUAACCCGUCAAAUUUACGUUUCCAGCGUUAAAACACUUUAAAGUAAGGGGGUGUUUUACAUGACACCGGCGCGAGUUCAAUCUGGUUCCCUCUCGUGGCUCCGUAUUUGUUUACAUGAUACCACCACAAAAUGUCAUGUCGGCGUGAGUUCACCGCUGUUAUUGUACCAGAGCGAGAAUUUCUGACUCCGGUAGGGGUAUCAUGUAAACGCGAAAUGACCACUCGAAAUCCCGAAGAGGCAUCCUAGCAGCUCGCGCGUAUAUAUACAAAAAUACUAAUCUUACACUUGAAAUAUGCAGUCAGUAUAAGGAAAAAAGUCUAGACCCGAUUUGUUUGAUCAGGGGCCGCAUGGAAACGUUGGGUAAUGAUGACGUUACUAUUGUUGACGCCCGCAAGUAUGAAUUGGUUAGGAUGACGUAAAACAGAAAAUGCCCAAAGGGACCGCUUUGGUCUUAUAGCAGGCGUUUUGAAAGUAAUGGACCAAAAGACACUCUUUAAGUUAACCCCUUUGGGCGCAUGCACGUGUUCAAAGGGAUUAAUUGCACAACAGAACCUCUACUAGUGUCAGAUUGUCGUUUAUCAUAUUUCACUACUCGUUGGAUGUUUGUUCGUGACGAAUGUUACAGUUGCUUUUGGGUAAAUCAAGUAAGACUAAUAAAUGUCCCGGUUGGAAAGUUUAAAAUCAGCAUACGACUUUGGCCCUCCGGCAAACAUUGCCCUGUCCCCAACUUGGUCGAGGACGACUCAGCACACUCCGAGACGACGGCGGCUGCACCCCCGGACAAUAUGGAUUCUAAUGUCAUUCUUAUCAAGUCCGUCGCCGAUGAAGUUAUAAGGGGCGUAUAUAUAUAGUUAUAAGGAGCGUAUAUAUACCCUUUCAGAGUUUGCCAAACACGAGUUUACCAUUCACAAAUCUUUGAUUAGCAACGAUUUGCCAGACACAACUCUCUUUGGGGGAAUACAAAGUCUACGUCCACAAACAAGCAAGUUUCACUAUACAAACGAGUGAAUCAACGGCUAGCUUAUCACUAGCACAACGAUGGACGACCACCAUUACGGAAUUGAAAUUCGUUAAGUGAUUAACUGAAUUCUGCGCUGACGUAUCCCCUGCUCACAGAUGUCCUUCUAUAAAGUCUUUGUUUUAAGUGUUACCUUGCGUAAAAAGUGAAAAAGAAAUAGCAAAAACUUACCACUUCUAAUCACACCUUUACUUGUGGUUUUCUUGUGGCGGGGUUAGCUGUAGUGUCAACUAUUACUAGCUUAUCAACAUGAAGAGUAUCUUCAGAGAAACGUGAUAUGAAGUGACCCAGUCAUCAUGUAAACGCUUUACGAAAUCAAGAAGUCAUCCCGGUAUGAAACUCACGCCGGUGCGAGUUUUCUCAUGUAAACCGCCCCCUAUGUGUGGUCCAAACAUUUCACAUAAACAUCCCAAAACAAGACCUCCAGUUAAGUAAUAAUUUUCCUUUCCAGAUUCAGGUCCUCAGAGCCCGGAUGUUGACGGUGGUUACUCCCAGUGGUCUCAAUGGAGUAAAUGCAGCAAGUCAUGUGGAAUAGGGCGAAAAUCACGUGAGAGGACCUGCACCAAUCCCAGACCACAAGGUAAUGGAAAGUCAUGUCGCCGACUUGGCUGGCCAGACGAUUCAACGAUGUGUUAUCAGGAAUGCAACAGUAAGACAGCCAUUGCCUCGAUAAACAGUUUACUUAAUUUUCCUCUAACCUUAGCUCAAAUCAGGCCUUAAAGAAUUAAACUACUGCGAAAAACCGUACAUUUAAGGUUUCUUUGCUCGUAAACAAUUUUUCAAAGUGGUGUAAUGAUCCAUUUGUCCCCGAAUAAAAUAAACGGAAGUAUCAGAAGAAAAACGCAAAAAAAUGGCUACGAAGCCAAGCAAACCCAUGAGGAUUAACGGAAAAAACGGGGACUAUUGUUAUUACUACCUGUUGCAUUUAAUUUCUUAGCUGGUUUGAUAUCACUGAGAAUGAAGUUUCCUGGAAAAGGUUUUAAUGAUAGGAUAACCCAAAAAAAGCAAAAAAGCUUUAAAAAUUAAAAGUUGUUUAAAGAAAUAAAUAUGUGUGACGUCUAUUUUAGCAUCUUCAAGUCAAGGCUUUUAAAAUGGCUGACCGACAUUUCUAAUGGUUUGAAAUGCUUGGUUGAACAGCAAUUUAAAACUGAACCUUAAAGGAAAAGCGUUUAAAGUAGCUUAUUCAUUUUAUUCCUAUUUUCCUUUAAGACUGUGAUAAGGUGAUGGAUGUCGGCAUCGACAUCGACUCCUCAAGCAGCGUUCGGCGCAACAAUUUCGAGAAAGUGAAAGCCUUCCUAAUCCAGCUGGUUGACAAGAUGCACAUUUCGCAUCGAAUGACACAUGUGGCUGUCAUCCAUUACAAUCACAGAGCCUAUCUGGACUGGGACUUUAAAUCAGACCGCGCCAAGAACGCCGUCGCUCUCAAAAAAGCCAUCUUGAAUCUAAAGUACCAACCGGGAGGGACUAGGACGGACAUAGCGAUGGAUAAGUCCAUGGAGGAGAUGUUUAAAGUUGAUCACGGUCAGAGACCUGAUGUUCCUCAUGUACUGUUUGUUCUAACAGAUGGAAAGACUAGCUCGAGAUCGAAACCUUACGAGAAAGUUCUCAAAGCUUACAAGGUAAAUAUGUAUUCAAAUCUUCACACACACUUUUCUUCAAAUAGACGCUAACUGCAAUAGUUUAAUAUGAUAAAUACAAUUGUUUAAAUUAGGAGUGAACUUAACUGAUCCAAACAAAUCCAGGUCGACAGAGACUCAGAGGCUCUGGGAUGUUACCAUUCGGCCACACUGCCCUUCGGCCCUUCAGUGACAUGUUUGGUAUUCUGUUGGUUUUUCCUUGAGAUGUGAAUUGUCUUAGAGGAAACCGAAUCGAACUGAUUCUUGGAAGAAAAACCUAGCUUUCAGUUUUUUUUCUCACUUUUUCUAGCUUUUUCUUCCCAUGAAGUAUUAGCAAAACGAUCGCGUGAGUUGUUAAACUAAAGCUUUGAGAAAAACUAAGAUUUGACUUUUUUAAUACUUUUCUAGCUUUUUAUUCCCAUGCAGUGUUUGCAAAACGAUUGCGUGGGUUGUUCAAAGCACAGGCCACCCAGAAGCUCGACUGAAAAGCCGUAACCUCGGGACAAUAUAAAUGAUCUCUCCCUCGCGCAUCAUUCGAAAUAAAGAGCUUGCUUGCAAUUGUUACAGCUCGAAUUUUAUUAACACAAUGUAUGAAUAUUCGAUGGUUUUUUAAACGAUUCGAAAUAAUAAUAGUAAUAAUAAUAAUAAUAAUAAUAAUAAUAAUAAUAAUAAUAAUAAUAAUAAUAAAAAAGAAUAAUAAUAAAUUUCUUUCCUUGUAUUUGAGUUGCUUCUUAUUACUGUUUAUUCAAUUCUGAAGUAAGCCAUACCACUGAGAGAGGAGUUGACAAGGGAGGGGGAUAAGGGAGAGAAGAAAACUGACUUUUCCUCUUCCUUGACCCUUUUACUCAUGCGCUUUCCAGGUAAAAAAGAGAGUAACGAGUAUCUUGAUUUCUCACAAACAGGAUAGGGGGGUGAAGGUCGUUGCAAUCGGAGUCGGCCCGAGCGUGGAUAACAAAGAACUGACUGAGAUCGCCAUGGGACAACCAGACAACGUCGUUCACGUACAACAAUUUGACCAACUUGUGUCCAAGCUAGACGAGAUUGUUCAAAAAUCCUGUGCAGCGAUGAAAUCUAAAUUGAAAUAUUACUAA